CAGCAAUAAAACCUGUGCUUUCAGACAGAGGCAGUACCAGAAUUAAUCCAGGUUUCGAGGAGGUGUAAUCAUGAGGUCCGGAUUGCUAUUCUCGGUGCUUUUUGCUGUAGUCGCGGCCGAUCCAAGCAUUUAUUUUAAAGAACAGUUUUUGGAUGGAGAUUCCUGGCAGAGCCGCUGGCAAGUGUCCAAGCACAAGGAGGACUACGGGCAGUGGAAACUGACGGCAGGGUCAUUUUAUGGUGAUAAGGAAAAUGAUAAAGGUCUGCAGACCAGCCAGGAUGCCCGGUUCUAUGCUGUGUCGUCCCGCUUUGAUCCCUUCAGCAACGAGGGCAAGACCCUGGUGAUCCAGUUCACAGUGAAACACGAGCAGAAGAUCGACUGCGGGGGUGGCUACGUCAAGGUCUUCCCUGCAGACCAGGAUCAGGAGGACAUGCACGGGGAAUCGCAGUACUACAUUAUGUUCGGUCCUGACAUCUGUGGUUACAGCACGAAAAAGGUCCACGUCAUCUUCAACUACAAGGGCAAAAAUCAUUUGAUCAAAAAGGAAGUGAAGUGCAAGGAUGACGAGCUGACUCACUUGUACACACUGAUCCUGAGGCCCGAUCAGACCUACGAGGUGAAAAUCGACAACGAGAAGGUGGAAUCCGGCACUCUGGAGGAAGACUGGGACUUCCUGCCGCCCAAGAAGAUUAAGGACCCCGAAGCGAAGAAACCAGAGGACUGGGACGACCGGGCUAAGAUUGACGACCCUGACGAUGUCAAACCAGAGGACUGGGAGAAACCUGAGAACAUCCCUGACCCUGAUGCCAAGAAGCCAGAGGACUGGGAUGAGGAGAUGGACGGAGAGUGGGAGCCACCAAUGAUCCCCAACCCAGAAUACAAGGGCGAGUGGAAACCCAAGCAGAUUGAGAACCCUGACUACAAGGGUGCCUGGAUUCACCCUGAGAUUGACAACCCUGAAUACACACCUGAUUCAAACAUCUACAAGUUCAACAACAUAGGGGUCCUUGGACUUGACCUCUGGCAGGUAAAAUCUGGCACUAUCUUUGACAACUUCCUGAUCACUGAUGAUGAAAAAUAUGCAGAAGAGUUUGGACAGGAAACCUGGGGAGUCACCAAGGAACCAGAAAAGAAGAUGAAGGAUCAGCAGGAUGAGGAAGAAAGGAAGCAGCGUGAGGAGGAGAAAAAGAAAGACGACGUGAAAGAUGAGGAAGAAGACGAGGAGGGAGAGGAGGGAGACGAGGGAGAGGAAGGAGACAACACAGAGGCAGAAGAAGAGGAGGAUUCGUCGGAAAAUGAAACGCCAUUUAAGGACGAACUCUAAAUGAACUGCCUUGACCUGGAAGCCUGCUUUUCAAUGAAACAGGAGUUCUGAGGCCACCCCACCCCCCACCCCAUGGUUUUGCUUGAAUAGCUCGUUUUUUAAGGAUUUUUUUAGGGCUUACAAGGAAGGCAGUUUAGUCUUUGCUUGUUCGGUUCAUCCCAGGUUUUGUUAUUGUAUUUCAAUCAGCCAUUGAGGUCAGAACGUCUAAUAAUGAGAACUCUGGCACGUCUUACUGGUUUCCCUGAGAUGUGCAGCCUGCAACUCCAGGCUCUCAUCUGGCGCUGUGUUUUUAAAUUGCAGUAGCCUGAAAGAAUAAGAUUGUCCCAAAAUUUUAAAACAAAUCUUUGUUCUUGAUUUAAAAUGUUGUCAAAUUUGUAACAAACCACUGUUUAGCGAACAUGCUUUUCCUAAUGAGCGCGACAUUUUAUAGAGUGCCGAGACAAACGAUUUGUUGGGUUGUGGAGAAGUUUUGAUAAUUUCAUUUUUCUUUCCAUGUUUCUUUUAGCAGAGCUUAACGUUUUACAUUGCUGCUGCUGUUAGACAAGAGCAGAUUUCAAUGGUCAGUUUAUGUGUUGUGCAAUGCUUCAGUAGAGCAGAGCGAGACUCUAGCCCUGUUCUAAAGAUGUAACGUAACUGAAUGCAAAUGAGAGAAAGUGAAUGUAGUUCGUUGUGUUUUAGACAGUAACAGUACCAGGUAGGGAGGACAAAUACAUGGCGAUGCUUGAACUGCAGUCCAUCUCAGACAUGGAUGUAAAUACCUGUCACUAUUCACAGGCGCAGCAACUUAAAAUACAUCAUUUGGAACUUUUUUUUUUUGAGAGGGACAGUAGUACACUUGAGAUCAUUUUGCAACCAGAAUGUAAUUAUUAAUACCAAAGUUUUGUUUAUGAAAUAAAAAGAAAAAUAUAUGAAAAAA